AUGUUAUUUUCUUUUGGUUUGGUUUCAUCACCUGGAAUGUCUAACGUGUCUCGCCGGAAAAUGACGACCACCAGAAUCCACAUAAUGGCCUUAGAUGGCAUCGUCAACGUCAAUUCUCUCUUCACCUUAGCCCUUUUCCUCGGCAUCACCACCACCAGCACCACCAACACCCUCAUCGACGCCGAAGACACCCACUGCGCCGCCGGAACCUCUAUUUCCGAAGGCCUCAUCGCGUUCCACGUGUACUCCUUCAGCUCCUUCCUCUUCUCUAGCCUCAUCGCCUUGGCUCUAAAAAACGUCAUCAACUUGAGCAAGGACGUCGACGACGGUGACGUUUUGGCCAAUAACAAUAACAAUAACAACAGCUGGGUCCACGGUGUUGCCAAAAUUAACACGGUGGUUUUGAGGUUGGGGACUCUGGUUUCGGCUUUUGGGUCGGUUUUCGGAUGUGGGUUUCUGGUGAUGGCUCUUGUGGAUUUGGUGCAGAUCAAGUUGGGAACCAUUUCUUGUGGGAGUCCUCAUACUCUCGCUGCGGUGGCUCCCUUGCUCGUUCUUGUUCCCUCUGCGCUUCUUAUCUAUGUUUUUCUCGUCCUCUAUUCCUUCACUCGUUAA